AUGGAGCGCCCAACAAGUCCCACGCCGCAGAAUAGAGCUCCGAGGAAACUGAUUCUUUGUUUCGACGGCACGGGCAACAAAUUCCACGGCGAUGAGAGCGACAGCAAUAUUCUUAAGAUAUUCCGGAUGCUGGAUCGCACCGCAGAUGACCAGUAUCACUACUACCAGCCCGGUAUUGGCACGUAUAUCGUGUCCGACUCACUUUCGCACACUAGUGUGAAAGCGCGUAUUAAAUCAUGGUAUCAAAAAGCCAAAGACUCGGCCAUUGGUUCGUCUUUCGACCAACAUGUUGUUGGGGGCUAUCGUUUCCUCAUGCGCUUCUACAAUCAGGGUGAUGAGAUUUACAUGUUCGGUUUCAGUCGCGGCUCGUACAUUGCCCGCUUUUUGGCCGAGAUGCUUGACUACAUCGGUCUCUUGUCCCACGGUAAUGAAGAAAUGGUUUCGUUCGCCUGGAAGGCAUUCGCCAACUGGCAGAGUCGCCGGGGUGGCGACAAAGACGAGAAACUUGCUGAAGAAGAAGAGCAGAAGAAGCAUGAAAUGUACCACUUCAUGAAAGGCUUCCGCGAGACUUUUUCACGGCCCGUUGGCAGGAUUCGAUUUCUGGGUCUGUUCGAUACAGUCAACUCUGUGCCUCGAUUUGAGACGGCAUGGAUGCAGCGAAGCAAAUUCCCGUACACGGCACGUAGCAGCGCCAGAGUCAUCCGGCAUGCUGUCAGCAUCGAUGAGCGGCGGGCCAAGUUUCGACAAGACUUGAUGUAUCAGCAAGCCAACAAGCGCCGGCACAAUACGCACAGCCACUGGAAGAAAGAUUUGGAUCACAUGCUUGGUCAAGUCAUGCAUAACAACGGCCGAGGCAGACGACCAAGCCAACAGACGACAACUGCGGACGGACCGCCGUCAUCGGCAAACCCACAACCCAGCAAAUACAUGCCAUACAGAGCCAGGUCGAAAUCUGCUGCCCGCCAAGAUCGCCGUAUGUCGGUGACUGGCUGCAAUGCCUCGGAACAGCUUUCUGUCCUCGAUUAUGAGGAUAGCGGCGACCAAGAUAUUGACGAAGUAUGGUUUGCUGGUGGCCACGGCGACGUGGGCGGUGGAUGGCAAACAGAAUCCAGCGGCAAGAAUGCAAGCCAUGUGCCCUUGAUAUGGAUGGUCCGCGAGGCCAUUCGUGCUGGCUUGAAAUUCGAUCUGGAAAAGGUCCAGGAGCUGGAUUGCUUUGACUUGUACAACGAAUAUGGCAGCGCCGGCCGCAAAAACAGUCGAAAGGGGCAAGAGAGAGGACCCGACAUUCUUGUCAAUCGUGAUGGUGAAGAGGGAGCAGAGCCUGUGGCGCCCCCCAGUCCAGACACUAUGGCUGACGACGAGGAGCAAGAUCUCAAGAAGAUAUUCCUCGAGAUGAUGCACAAUGCGCACCUCGCGAAAAUCCAUGACUCACUAGUCUAUGGUGGCGGUCUUUCCGCAACGGCUGUCACUGCUUGGAACAUGAUGGAGUGGAUGCCAUUCCGCCGAAUGGACCUUCAAACAGACGGGACUUGGAAACCUAUCAACUGGCCUCUGCCACGCGGAGAGGUGCGAGACGUUCCGAAUAACGUCCGCGUCCACGGCAGCGUCAUCCGCCGCAUGAAGAUGGACGAAAGCUAUCGUCCAGGAAACCUGAUUGUGGGCGGAGGAGGCCGAGGAAUGCGUCGUGCACCUGAAGAGUAUGGCAUAGGAGAAUGGGUCUGCGUGCAAGAAGAGGGAGACCCGAUUGGUGAGAUUUGGGUACGAAAAGGCGACCCUGUGAAGCUGGAGAUUAACAAGAAGAAAAAGAAGAAGUCAAAGAAGGAGAAGAAGGAGAAGGAAAAGCACAAUUAA